GAUUUAGUUUGUCUUGCUCAAAACGUAAACUUUUAAUCAAGCAUAGCUAAUCAGAACGGUGGUGAAGUCUUUUACAAACCAAUUUCAAUUUGGGGUCUAGGGUUUUACUCCGGCACAAAAUAGUAGCUCAUAUCUCAGAUUGCAUCUUCUUCAGGUAUCUAUAGUAAAGUGGAUCUUUCUUCAUUGCAAUGGACUCUGUAGAUGAAAGCCAGAGAACUCUGUACCCAUAUGUUACUGGCUCCUCCGUCGUUGCUAUCAAAUACAAAGAUGGGAUUCUUAUGGCUGCUGAUAUGGGAGGUUCAUAUGGAUCUACGUUGCGAUACAAGAGUGUUGAGCGUUUGAAGCCUAUUGGAAAGCACUCCCUUCUUGGCGCUAGUGGGGAAAUAAGCGACUUUCAGGAGAUUAUGCGCUACCUUGAUGAGCUUAUCCUUAAUGACAACAUGUGGGAUGAUGGGAAUUCUUUGGGACCUAAGGAGGUGCUCAACUAUCUAACUCGGGUGAUGUACAAUAGGCGCAACAAGUUCAAUCCAUUGUGGAACUCGCUUGUUCUUGGUGGUGUUAAAAAGGGGCAGAAGUAUCUUGGCACGGUUAACAUGAUUGGUAUUAAUUACGAAGACAACCAUGUGGCAACCGGGCUUGGAAAUCAUCUUGCUAGGCCAAUUCUCCGUGAUGAGUGGAAUGAAAACUUGACAUUUGAAGAAGGUGUCAGGUUACUUGAAAAAUGCAUGCGUGUGCUAUUAUACCGUGAUAGGUCUGCCGUCAACAAGAUUCAGAUAUCUAAAAUUACCGAAGAAGGUGCUACUGUUUUCCCGCCAUUCUCUUUGAAAACAUACUGGGAGUUCUCGGCCUUCAAGAAUCCUACGGUUGGUGCCGAAGGUUCAUGGUAGCUUGCUCGUUGCGAAUGAAAUGAUACCGAAUUUUAAAUGGAUUCCAACAGAAUGAUUCCAUGUGUUGAAUGGAUAUGAAAUGAGUUAGGCUACUGAAGCUAAAUGAGACUCACUUUGGUGUUUAUUUCUUAAAUUCUUCAUGUUAGUUUGAAUUGAUCUAUGAUUAUAAUUUCUAUUUCUAUUUCUAUUUUCAGCUUUCUCUCAAUGAUAUUCAUCAUGGUCAUUAA